ACAUUUCAGAAACACACAAGCAUUUGCUCUUCUAUUGCAUACCCUUUUCCAAACACCUUCUUCCUGCAAUAUCCUGAGAUGGCAACCCGUGAUUUCAUGCCCCCUCCCAGCACCGAUAAGGUACCGCCUGCCAGAAUUCCAGGUGGAGGGCACAGCUUUGUGACCGAUCACGCUAUAAAGCCCAGCAAAGAGCACGAACACCACACCCCCAAUCCCAUCCCGAGUAGUGCGCAGGUGGCUGCUCGGGGCAGACUGGGGAAGGCCGACCGUGCUCCCAACUUCUUUUCGUCGGAUGAUGCACUCACCAAGCAGAUUGUGGGCACUCAUGCUCCGGAUAUGGAAGAUCUCGAUGUCAGGCCAGUUCUUUCCAUCGUCGAGGAUAUCAUGCGUCUGGCUAGGCCAUCUAGUGCUGACACCACUCAUGUGGCUCAAACUCAAUCACAUGUAGACAAAUUGGAUGAUAAGGUCUCCCACAUUCCGUACCAUCAUGAUGACAAGAUCUACCAUACAGCUGAACACGAUGCAGAGAUUGUUAGAGUGCUGGCCUAUCCUAUCAACAAGACUUCCUGUGAGAUAAUCUGCAAAUGUGCUGGUGGAGGGGAAUCACAUGCAAUAACCAUGGACCUUCUGAAGUCACUUUCAAGCUACUCAUGGGACGCCAAGGUGGUCAUCACCCUUGCUGCAUUUUCCAUCAACUACGGCGAGUUUUGGCUGGUUGAGCACCAGCAUACCAAGAAUGCACUUGCCAAGAACAUUGCAACUCUCAAGGAUCUUCCUGACAUAAUCGCGCAUGCUGGGGAACUGAGAAAGAAGUUUGAGGCAGUUCUGAGCCUCCUAACUCAAGUUCUCAAGGUAACUCACUGCAUUAUAGAGUUCAAGGAGCUCCCCCCUCUGUACAUUAGCCGUGAAUCACCAGAAAUUACGGCUGCAACAGCUCACAUCCCCACAGCGGUUUAUUGGAUCAUAAGAGGUCUUCUGACCUGUUCAUCCACACUUCUCAACCUUGUUGGCAGCGGUCGUGAAUAUGUUACCUCCACUGCUGAGUCCUGGGAGAUACAAAAUCUGGCCCAUAAGCUCUCAGUCAUAUUGGAGCACUUGCAAGACCAAUUGAAGCAUUGCAAGGACUUAAUUGAUAGGAAGAAGGCAGAAGAUGCAUACAUUGCAUUCAAGAAACUUAUGGAAUCAGCUCAUAUUGACAACAUGAAAGUGCUCAGGGCAAUGAUUCGUUCGAGAGAAGACCAAAGGCCACUCUAUCACGGGUCAAGAAGGACAAAUGAACGCCUUGAAGAGCUGAGGCUGAAGUAUGUACUACUGCUGAUAUCAGACCUUGAGCUUCCUCACGAAGAACUAAACGUUCUCCAUUUGAUUUACAACCAACAUUCAAUGAGGCAUGAGUACGAGGUUCUCUGGUUCCCAAUCGUCAACUCAACAACCUCAACGGCCUCAUUAACCGAUCCAAUAUUCUACGACCUUCGGAAUAACCAUAUGCCUUGGUACUCAGUGGAUCAUCCUUCUUUGAUUGAGCCAGUAGCCAUUAGGUACAUCAGAGAGGUCUGGAAUUUCGUCCACAUGCCUAUGCUCGUUGUUUUGGAUCCUCAAGGGAAACCAUCCAAUCUUGAUGCUCUACCCAUGAUGUGGAUUUGGGGUAGUGCAGCUUUCCCCUUCACCAAAGCCCAGGAACGGGCUCUCUGGGCAGACACCACCUGGAACAUUCAAUUAUUAGCAGACGCCAUUGAUCCACGUAUUCCAGAUUGGAUCAAGGAAAACUAUGUUAUAUGCAUAUAUGGAGGCGACGACAUAGAAUGGAUUCGUAAGUUCACCCUGGCGGCCCGAGCAGCUGCCACCUCUCUACACAUCCACCUGGAAAUGCUCUACGUCGGAAAGCGCAACCCGAAGGAAAAAGUCCGCCUGUGCCACGAAGUAAUCGACAAGGAGAAGCUCAGCAAUGUCUUCUCAGUCACCGAGUACUACGACUACGUCUGGUACUUCUGGGUGCGCCUCUGGAGCAUGUGGAACUCCAAGAAGCAAAUGGGGAUGACUGUGGAGAACGACCGGAUUAUGCAGGAGAUCAUGGACGUGCUGGCUCUUGACAGCAGCGAGAAAGGGUGGGCGGUUUUCAGCCGGGCCAACUUUGAGAUAACCAAAUCAAAUGGUGACAAACUGCUGCCGGUGUUGGAGAACUACAGAGACUGGAUAUACAAGGUGGAUGACCCCAACAAGUUCGUGAUGGUGCUGGACGAGGAGCUGAAACGUGUCCACCCUGACCACCACUGCAACCGCCUGAUUCUGCCGGGCCACGCCGGAUACAUUCCUGAGCGGGUGGUUUGCUCCGAGUGCGGCAAGACAAUGGACAAAUAUGUUAUGUACCGCUGCUGCACGGAUUGAGGAGGAGGAGGAGUUUACGGGCAUUCAUCGUUCUGGAGGGUCCCUCUGCAAUCCUGAGAGUUAUUCCAUUUCUAUUAUACUAUGUCAGAUGAAAUAAAAUUUACAUCUGUUUGUGUUUUCGUUCUCGUUCGACUGCAUUUGGUAAGAGGUCGUAACCAUGCGAUACUAUUACUAUCAGCAAUAAAUUAAAUUUCCUGCUUGUUUUUUUUUUUCA